GCAAGCGGGAAGGGCCCAUCGGGGGCGAGAGCGACUCGGAGGAGGUGCGCAACAUCCGCUGCCUCACGCCCACCCGCUCCUUCUACCCCGCGUCCGGGCCCUGGCCCAAGAGCUUCUCCGACCGGCAGCAGAUGAAAGACAUCCGCUCGGAGGCCGAGCGCCUGGGCAAGACCAUCGACCGGCUCAUCGCCGACACGAGCACCAUCAUCACCGAGGCGCGCAUCUACGUGGCCAACGGGGACCUGUUCGGACUGAUGGACGAGGAGGACGACGGCAGCCGCAUCCGUGAGCACGAGCUGCUCUACCGCAUCAACGCGCAGAUGAAGGCCUUCCGCAAGGAGCUGCAGACCUUCAUCGACCGCCUGGAGGUGCCCAAGUCCGCGGACGACCGUGGCGCCGAGGAGCCCAUAUCCAUGUUCCAGCCUAUCAUUUUACUUAUUCUCAUUCUUGUAUUAUUUUCAUCACUUUCUUACACAACAAUAUUUAAACUUGUCUUCCUUUUUACACUGUUUUUUGUACUGUAAAUCUUUCAUCAUUUCCCAUUCAUUGUAGUAUUUUCAGUUUGUUUAUUUUGUUCAUCCUUCAAGACAAGAAGUAAAAGAAGUAUAAUUUCUGUAGUAACCAAUGCUAUAAAAACACUGAAGACUGCUUACUUUCUUUAAAAAGAUCCAUCUUACCAGUACCAAAUUCAAUAAGAAGCCCAAGCACUAAAAUAUUUCAGGCUUUAUUGUAAAGGCCAGUGAGACAGCUUCAAAUAAAACAACUCCAAGCUUCCAAGAAACAGUUAGGAGAAGCAGAGACGAGCAGAAGCUCCCCUUCACUGCACUCGCGUGGCCGCCAUGGACCUGCAUGAGCAGUGGGCGAACACAGAGACUGACUGGCACAAGGAAAAGAUGGAGUUACUGGACCAGUUUGACAAUGAAAGGAAGGAAUGGGAAACCCAAUGGAAGAUCAUGCAGAAGAAGAUAGAGGAGCUUUGCCAUGAAGUAAAGCUUCGGAGGAAAAUCAACAUGAAUGAACGUGCUAAGGUCAUUGAUCUUGAUCGUGAGAAGGCCAUGCAAGGUAAAUUGGUGGAAUCUUCUCCAAACUACCCCAAUCCAGGACAAUGUGAAUUUAAAGGCAUGAAUCACAGGGAUGGUCUGGAAAAAGAAAAUAAAACAGAGCAGAGCUUACUCAGUGAAGGAAAUCAAAUAUGUAAGGAACAAAAAGCAACCAAAAAAUCAAAGGUCGGGUUUGUGGAUCCUUUGGCCACGGACAACCGAAAGGACUGUGAGGCCCGGCCCGACCCGAGAACUCCUGAGGAAGCAAACAUGGGCCGCUGUGGCGCCCUCAACGCAGCACUUGAAGAACUUGCCAAAGUCAGUGAAGAAUUAUGCUGCUUUCAAGAGGAAAUUCGAAAACGUUCUAACCAUAGAAGGAUGAAGUCAGAUUCUUUUCUCCAGGAAAUUCCAAAUGUAAUUAACAUACCUCCUGGAGACCACACGAUCAACAAUGGCCAGUGCCUUCUUCCAAUCAAUUUAGAAAGAGAAAAACAGAAAAAUAGAAAGAAUCUGAGUUAUACUAAUAUGCUCCAAAGCAAUUUUAUGAAAAAAUAUGGAAUUGAUACAGUUGAUCUACAAAGAAAUGAAAUUUCACCAGUUCCUCCUCCAAGAAGUACAUCUCGAAAUUUUCCUGGCUCAUAUCCUGAACAUGCCCAUGAAAGUCUGAAGGAAAGUUUAGACCACAGCAGCCAGUUGGUCCAAGAGGGUCAAGGUGAAAGCAACUGCAGUCCUCAUGUCCUUCUGAGGCAUGAUGAGAUGUCUGCACCGUGUCUAAUUGAAGGGGAGACUUUGAAAGAUGGGAUCAUGUUUUCUUCCUUGGCACCUGAAGCCAAAGUAGGUAACAAGCCUCCACGUAAUGAAAAUGUUGGAUUUGGCAUGUGGUCUUAUGACACUGUGAGAGGCACAAAAAACAGCCCCUCUACCUUGUGGUUUCAGAAAACCUGCUCUACUCCCAAUAAGUCAAAAUACGAAAAGAUGAUCCCAGAUCAUCCUGCUAAAUCUCAUUCUGACCUUCAUGUAAGCAAUGACUAUAGAUCCUCCGUGACAGCGAGCAGUGGCCCACUCCGAAGCUUCACUUGUGGCUUUGAAAAGACUACUAGGAAUGAAAAGCUGGCAGCCAAGACUGAUGAGUUUAACAGAACCGUAUUCAGAACAGAUAGAAAUUGUCGUGCAGUACAGCAGAGUCAAAGCUACUCAGAAUCAUCGCAAGAUCUUAAGCCCUGUGAUACCUUAAUUACUUGUGCAGGCAACAUACCAAAAAAUGACAAUGUGCCUGAUAGUCUGAAAACCAGUGCCCACAUGCCUGUGCCUAGAGAAAUUGAGCCUGAUAAUCCCACCCAAAGAUCCACAACAGGCCUAGUCAGACAAACACAGGAACACAUAAAUGCUAGCAGUUAUCGGAAUAUGCUCCAUGAGCAUGACUGGAGACCUAGUAAUUUGUCUGGCCGACCAAGAUCAGCUGAUCCUAGGUCAAAUUAUGGUGUUGUGGAAAAGCUGAUGAAAACCUGUGAGAUAUCAACAGGGUCUGCAUUGCAACAUUCUAAAUGCUGCCAGGAUAAUUGGACCAAAUGUAACUCUGAUGUCAGUGUUGGGGCCACAUUAAGUAAGCAUUUAGAAAUGCUCCAAAUUGAACAAGAGCUCCAAGGAAAAUCAGCUAUGUGUGCGGCACAGCAAGUGAAGCAAGGAGUGGAUUGGAAAAAGAUAACAGAGGAAUCCAUGGCAGUGAAAUUUUCACCUGGCAAAGGAUUUUCCCGCCCGGCUAGACCAGCAAAUCGCCGUCUCCCAUCCAGAUGGGCGUCAAGAUCUCCAUCGGGGCCCCCAGCCUUGCGGAGAACUGCCCAGAGCUAUACUAUUUCUCUGCGUUCUGAAGCAUCGGUGGUCUGAGUCUCUGGCCUGAAUUGCUACAUUUCAAAAAUCCCAAUUUCCAAACAGAGCAUUCUGAGUGUUGACAGGCAAUCCUGUCUCGUCUGUAUCUUUCAAGAUGACUGGGACAAACAAUUUAAAUCUUAACUUCCCAUCAGUCUUCAGUGUUUUUAAUCUAUGGAAUAAUUAUCUUUCUUAAUGUUGAUUUCUUAUAUCAGAAUUUUUUAAUGCCAUUCUCAUUAAUUUGACAAUAUGAUUUAAGUUGAAACAAUGUACUAUAUUGUAUAUUCUAACUUUCUUGCAAGUGGCAGAAAGCAAGGUUAUGUGCAUGGCCAUGUGUUUGUAAGUGCAUGUGUUGAAAUAGGAAGUAUCCUAGUAUGUAUUUAGAUAAGAAAACUUAUGUGCUAGUGUUGACUUUGAAAUUAUAACAUGUAUACCUAUAUAUUCUUUGUGUUUAUUUAAAACUUUUGAAAAUAUACAGCACUAUUUAUAUUUUGUAUACCUUUUCAUAGGUAUCCACUUAAAGCAUUUGAGGUACGUAUAUUAACUAACCACUUCCUUGACCCAGCUGCAUUGCAAAAUAAGAAUUAUAUACAUAUCUAACAUUGGUAGAUUUCUAUAUACAACUCAUAAAUAAUUUCUUAACUCAUAUAAGGAUAAUACCAUUGAUCUCAUAUUUUACUCUUAUAAGUAAAUAAAAUUGUCACAGGUUUAACAGAUCAGCCUUCUAAAGCAAACAUAAAAUGUUCACAAAAGUUUUUAUAUUGCAUUUGGUAGUCUAUUAUGGCUUUAAAAUAUACUUGAUCCUCAGAGCCAGUAUCAUGAGACUGCCUU